AUGCAGAAUGUGUUACAAGAAUUCGUGGAUUACAUGGAAGAGAUAAAGGAAAGCUUAGAGGACUAUGCCACAAGCUGUGGGGAUACAGGUUGGGAACGUAGAGGACAAAAGCAUAAGGGACAAUUGUACACCGGACACACAGUUGCGGACAAGAUGAAAUGCAGCCUGAUGGUUGGAGCAUUAUAUUUUGUAACUGCGUGGGGCACUCCUAUGAACCAUGAUAACGCAACAUCGGAAAAUGAUAAGGACAUGAAGGCUAUUAUGCGGUGUAUGCUGGCCAAUGUUUUUGCGUAUAUAUUGGCUGAAAUAAAGUGUAGAGAUGAGUGGCCUGCAAUAGAUCAAGCUUGGAGGAUACUGAAAAACAUGGGAGGAACUGGUGGAUUCGAGAAUUCAAUUUCAGAUGGAACAUGUACACUGGAUGCGUAUAAGAAUACAAAGGUAGGAACAGCGGAUUUAGAGGGGGCGGUAAAAGACUGGUUAAAGCACAGUCCAAAUAUACGUGAUAGUAUAAACGCAAUACAGAAGAACCCACAAUGCAACAUAAAAUGGGUAACGUACAAGAAAAGUUUGGCACACAGCGAAAACGAUGCAUUAGCACGAACCAGAGGGAAAGUGGGUCAGGUGGAAGGUGCCAUGGCUAAUGGUGGCAUUGGAAAUGAAAUAGUGACAGUGAUGAAGGAAGUAUUUGUCAAGAUGAAGGAAGACGUAACACAAAAAUCCAAGUCACCGCCAGAGCCAGCAGUAGUUUCUACGGGCAGUGAAAACAAAGAGACAGCGAAGGAUGGCAAAAACGGACAAGCCGCCACCACGGCGGCAACACCAGGGGAUCCGACAG